CAGAGACGGGGCCGUCCGUGUCCCUGCAGCGGCUCCAGGGCGUCAUAGACGGCCUCCUGGCCGCCAGCGACGCGGCCCGGCCGGCCGGCGACAGCUCCACCAGCAACGGCACGGCCGGCACCACCGUCACCAGCUCCGGCGGCACCACUGGCACCACCGGCACCACGUCCGUCACCGCCUCCAGCUCGGCCGCCGGCGCCGGUGACGACUUCUGGCGCGCCGUCACGCCGCAAAUGUCCUACAUCGACGCGAGCACGCGCUCGUCGCUGAACCAGGAGCAGGAGAGCCGGGCGGGCAGCGCGCGCCGUCUGAACGCCGACAGCACGGGCAGCCUGCAGCUGGCCGAGACCACCGUGUCGGUGGCGCGCCGCAGCCCCGGCGCCGACACCACCGUGGUCAGGACCCGAGUGAAACGACUCAGCUUCGGAGACGUGACCGAGGAGUCGCGCAACUUUUACACGCCCGAGGUGGAGACGGAAACGGGCGGCUUCCGGUCUCGCGAGGAGCGCGGCUCGCUGGACGCUCUCUCCUCGUACUCGCUGUAUAUGGACAAAGAUCUGCGCUACUAUUUCCAGCACCCGUACAUCCGACUUAUUGUGGCUUACUUUGUGAUCUUCUGUAAUUUUCUACUGUUCGCCGAGGACCCCGUGUCCCACAGCCAUGCAGAAUCGGAGAUUCCUGUGGUAGGGAAUGUGUUCAGCUUUGUGGUGACCAAGUACCCGCCAGAGUGGAACUGGAAACUUGGAAAGGUGUUGAUAUGGGUAUUGGCCAUUUUAUGUGGCAUGCUGAUCGGGAAAAACUUCAUUCACCACAUCGUGCUUCGACAAUGGACCCGGCUAAAAAUGUUCCGAGACGAGCAGGGCUCGUGGAUGGUGAUGUUUCUGACUGUGAUUGUGUCGCUGUAUAUAUUUUCACACGUUUACAACUUCAUUCUUCUGCUGGGCUACGUCAACUAUGAAGAUUACCAUGUCAACAGCUGCAUGUACAUCACAAACGCCAGCCUGAUGAAGGCGGCGGCGUGCGGCACAUGGCUGGGCGACCUGAUCACGGCGCUCAUGGUCACCGAUAUGAUGCUCCAGGACGACCUGUACCCGCACUGGGCCAACCGGGUGCGCGUGUUCUGGCGGCGGCACACGGUGGCGCGCAUCCUCCUCUUCUGGGUGGGCAGCAUCGUGGCCACCGUGCUGGUGGUGACGCUGAUCGUCAGCGACCUCAUCAGCUGGGACAAACUCAACCGGGGCUUCGUGGCCACCACAGAGCUGUCCCGAGGCUUCCUGGCGUCAUUCAUCCUGGUGAGCGACCUGAUCAUCGUGAUGCAGGACUGGGACUUUCCGCACUUUACGACCACGCUGAACGUGAACCUGCCGGGUUUCUCUGUCAGCACGCUCCAGUGGAAGUACGCCAAGCUGUCCUUCACGGGAAAAUGGUUCAACUAUGGCAUCAUCUUCAUGGUGAUGAUUCUUGACCUCAACAUGUGGAAGAACCAGUUCUUCUACGUACCCAGGAAUUACGGCCAAUACACAGACCAGCACCACAAGAUUCACACGGUGAUGGACCAGUCUAUCCUUCUGACGGGAAACCUGACGCUGUGGACCUACAACGCCCGCAACGUUACCGACAAUAGCACCGAUCAGGUGUACCGGCUGGUCGAUAUGAAGAUGAACUCGAAGUACAUCGGCUACUCGACCGGCGUGCGCUGCACUACGUUCAUCCCGUGCGUCCUGGGCUUCAUCCUCUUCAUAUCGCUCAUCUUCGUCUACGGCAGGUUCCCGCCAAACAAGGAUGGCACGUACGGGGGCCGUCUGAAGAAGCGGCGCCGCUCGUCGUGGCGGCGCGAGCGGAACACGCGCCGUCAGCAGGCGUCACCGAUGCCCAACACGUCCUCCUCUGACCAGGAGGAGGUGGUGGUGGCCGAGGGGUCCACGGUCAGCUAGCCGGCCGCAGCGCCGCGCACCCGGGGCCCGGCCGGCCGCAGUCGGCCUCAGGCCGGCCGGCCAGCCGCGGCCCAGCCCGCCCGCACGAUGGGAGCAACGUUUAACACGCAUAUUGCGUUGUUGUAUUCGAGACCAAGUCAUCAAUAUAAUAUGUUUGCUAUUAUUUUUGCCGAGAUGUUCAUGAUAUAUGUCACGAUCCUGACCCACCCCACUCGUAAGGCCUGGAAUGCGUUAAGUGGCCCAGCUAUGUAGAGGAGUCUGGUGGAAGUGCAAGCCACCUGCUGUUGUGUAACGCAUCUGAGCGAUUACUGUGGCAGCGGUGCUUUACGCAAUUAUAUAGCAUUCAGCGAGACUGUGAGUGUGCGUCGCCUACUGUCGCUGUGCAGCGCCUAUCGAAACUGUGCAGUGCCUGAUGUUGUCUCUUGAACCGUACAAGCCUUCUCCGAUUAUCUCGAUGUGUCGCGCCCUGCUCGCG